GGGGGGGCCGCCCGGCGGCUCGGAGCCGCUCCCGGGGAGCCGCGGGGAAGCUGCGGCGCCUGCGUGGAGCCAAGCGGCGGCGGGGGAGCUUCCGGAGCGGGGGUCCCGUCCCGUCCCGUCCCGUCCCGUCUCGUCCCCGUGCCGUCGGUGCCCGCCAUGGGGCUCCUCCCGCUCUACCUCGCGCUGUGGGUCGCGGCGGCUCAGGAGCCCGAGUACAGCUCCGGCUGCGCCGAGGGCAGCUGCUACCCCGCCACCGGCGACCUCCUCAUCGGCCGCGCCGCCCGCCUCUCCGCCUCCUCCACGUGUGGCCUCCGCCAGCCCGAGCCCUACUGCAUCGUCAGCCACCUCCAGGAGGACAAAAAAUGUUUCAUAUGUGACUCUGAGGAUCCCUUCCAUGACACCCUCAAUCCCGACAGCCAUCGCAUCGAAAACGUGGUCACCACGUUUGCUCCGAAUCGCCUGAAGCUCUGGUGGCAGUCAGAAAACGGUCUGGAAAAUGUGACUAUCCAGCUGAACCUGGAGGCCGAGUUUCAUUUCACUCAUCUCAUCAUGACCUUCAAGACAUUCCGUCCUGCCGCAAUGUUGAUAGAAAGAUCAUCUGAUUUUGGAAAAACAUGGCAAGUAUAUAGGUAUUUUGCAUAUGACUGUGAGAGCUCGUUUCCUGGGAUUUCAACUGGACCCAUGAAGAAAGUGGAUGAUAUCAUUUGUGAUUCCCGAUACUCCGACAUUGAACCUUCAACUGAGGGAGAGGUAAUAUAUCGUGUCUUAGAUCCUGCUUUUAGAAUUGAAGAUCCGUACAGUCCAAGGAUUCAAAACCUCUUGAAGAUCACAAAUCUGAGAAUCAAGUUCGUCAAGCUGCACACGCUGGGAGAUAACCUCCUGGACUCACGGAUGGAGAUCAGGGAGAAGUACUACUAUGCCAUUUACGACAUGGUGGUGCGUGGGAACUGCUUCUGCUACGGACACGCCAGCGAGUGUGCCCCGGUGGAGGGCUUUGAGGAGGAGGUGGAAGGAAUGGUCCACGGGCACUGCAUGUGCAGACAUAAUACCAAAGGCUUAAACUGUGAGCAGUGUUUGGAUUUCUACCACGACUUACCCUGGCGACCUGCCGAAGGCCGCAAUACUAACGCAUGCAAAAAGUGCAAUUGCAACGGCCACUCCACCCAGUGCCACUUCGACAUGGCCGUGUACAUGGCCACGGGGAACACCAGCGGGGGGGUUUGUGACGACUGCCAGCACAACACCGUGGGACGCAACUGCGAGCAGUGCAAGCCCUUCUACUUCCAGCACCCCGAGAGGGACCUGCGGGACCCGGACGUCUGCGAGCCCUGUAACUGUGACCCAGCUGGCUCCCAGAAUGGUGGCAUAUGUGAUCGCUACACCGAUUUCUCUACUGGCCUCAUUGCUGGACAGUGCCGUUGUAAAUUAUUUGUCGAAGGGGAGCGUUGCGACCUCUGCAAAGAAGGUUUCUAUGGUCUGAGUGCCGAUGACCCAGCGGGCUGUCAGUCUUGUGCAUGUAAUCCUCUGGGUACCCAUCCCGGAGGGAAUCCUUGUGAUUCAGAGACAGGAAACUGCUAUUGUAAGCGCCUGGUGACAGGAAAGCAGUGCAGUCAGUGCCUGCCGGAGCACUGGGGCCUGAGCAAUGACAUGGAUGGAUGUCGGCCCUGCGACUGUGACCAGGGGGGAGCACUGCACAACAACUGCUCGAGUGAAUCUGGCCAGUGUGAGUGCCGGCCCCACAUGUUUGGACGUCAGUGCAAUCAAGUAGAGCCUGGCUAUUACUUCAUCUCGCUCGACCAUUACAUCUACGAGGCAGAGGAAGCCAACUUGGGUCCCGGAGUAAACAUAAUAGAGCGCCAGUACACACAGGACCGCACACCAUCAUGGACAGGCAUAGGAUUUGUGAGGGUCCCUGAGGGGGCGUACCUGGAGUUCUACAUCGACAAUAUCCCCUACUCCAUGGAGUAUGACAUCGUGGUCCGCUACGAGCCACAGUUGCCGGAUCAGUGGGAAAAAGCAGUGAUCACUGUGUCGCGCCCAGGCAAGAUUCCCACAGGUAGCCGAUGUGGCAACACGGUUCCUGAUGAUGAUAAUCAGGUCGUCUCGCUGCCUCCUGGCUCCAGAUACGUCGUUCUCCCACGGCCAGUCUGCUUUGAGAAGGGGCUGAAUUACACCAUCCGCCUGGAGCUGUCCCAGUACUCCUCGGUGGACACCGAGAUGGAGAGCCCGUACACGCUUAUUGACUCUCUCGUUCUCAUGCCGUACUGCAAAUCACUGGACAUAUUCACAGUGGGAGGCUCAGGCGAAGACGUGGUCACAAACAGUGCUUGGGAAACUUUCCAAAGAUACCGGUGCCUGGAAAACAGCAGGAGCGUUGUGAAAACCCCGAUGACGGAUGUCUGCAAGAACAUCAUAUUCAGCAUUUCUGCACUUUUACACGAGACCGCCUUAUCCUGCCAGUGUGACCCCCAGGGCUCGCUGAGCUCGGUGUGCGACCCCAGCGGAGGACAGUGCCAGUGUCGGCCCAACGUGGUGGGAAGGCAGUGUGACAGAUGUGCCCCCGGCACCUUCGGGUUUGGGCCGAGCGGAUGCCGGCCUUGUGAGUGCCACGUCCGAGGUUCGUACAACGCCUUCUGUGACGCGGAGACGGGCCAGUGCCACUGCUUCCCCGGCGUGUACGGGCGACAGUGCGACCGCUGCCUGCCCGGCUUCUGGGGCUUCCCCAGCUGCCAGCCCUGCCACUGCAAUGGCCACGCUGACGACUGCAGCCCCUACACCGGGGAGUGCCUGCACUGCCGGGACCACACGGCAGGCCACAACUGCGAGAGGUGCGAGGCCGGCUACUACGGAGACCCUGUCCUGGGCUCGGGCGACCACUGCCGCCCCUGCCCUUGCCCCGACGGCCCUGAGAGUGGACGCCAGUUUGCCAGCGGCUGUUACCAGGAUCCGGUCACUCUGCAAGUCAUGUGUGUCUGUAGCACAGGAUAUAUAGGCAGUCGAUGUGAUGAAUGUGCGUCUGGCUUCUUCGGCAGCCCCGACGAGGUCGGCGGCGCCUGCCAGCCCUGCCAGUGCAACAACAACAUCGACACCACUGACCCGGAGGCCUGCGACAAAAGGACGGGGACGUGCGUUAAGUGCCUGUACCACACGGAGGGCGAAAACUGCCAGCUCUGCAAGGAGGGCUACUAUGGGAGUGCGCUGCAGCAGGACUGCAGAAAGUGUGUCUGCAACUACCUGGGCACCGUGCGGGAGGACUGCGACAGCGCGGAGAGCUGCCGCUGCGAGGCGGCCACGGGGCAGUGCCGCUGCCUGCCCGGCGUGGUGGGGCAGACCUGCGACCGCUGCGCGCCCCACACCUGGAGGCUGGCGAGCGGCACCGGCUGCGAGCCCUGCGACUGCGACACCACCCGCUCCCUCGGGCUGGCCUGCAACGAGUUCACAGGGCAGUGCCAUUGCAUGCCGGGCUUCGGAGGCCGGACCUGCCGGGAGUGCCAAGAGCUCUUCUGGGGAGACCCGGGCGUGGAGUGCCGAGCGUGCGACUGCAACCCCCGUGGCAUCCAGACCCCGCAGUGCGAUCGCGCCACCGGGCAGUGCAUCUGCAACGAGGGGGUGGAAGGGCCGCGCUGCGACAAGUGCUCCCGGGGCUACUCGGGCUUCUUCCCCGACUGCGUGCCCUGCCACCAGUGCUUCGCCCUCUGGGACGUGGUCAUCAGCGAGCUGGCUAAUAGGACCCAGCAGUUCCUGGACCGGGCUAACGCCCUGAAAAUCACUGGGGUCACUGGGCCGUACCAGCAGACGCUCAGCACCCUGGAGGAGAAGCUCGGGGAAAUUAAAACCAUCAUUGCUCAGAACCCAGCCGCCGAGCCCCUGAAGAACAUCGGGAAUCUCUUUGAGGAAGCAGAAAAGCUGACAGCAGAUGUUACGGUUAAGAUAGCUGACUUAGAAGAAAACCUAUCAACCUUAGCAGAGAAGAGCAACAGCACAGACAGUGACCUGAGCGCGCUGGAGACAGAUGCCAAAAGCCUAGACCGUGUCGUGAAAGAGCUUGCAGAACAGCUAGAGUUCAUCAAGAUCUCUGAUGUUCGGGGGGCCUUGGACAGUAUCACCAAGUAUUUCCAGAUGUCCCUGGAGGCAGAGGAAAGGGUCAAUGCUUCCACUGUCCACCCCGAUAGUGCCGUGGAGCUGUCAGCACAAACGCGGCAGGAAGUGGAAGACUUAAUCGACGAGAAGGAGGCCCAGUUCAAGGCUAAGCAAGAGGAGCAGUCUCGCCUCCUGGAUGAACUCGCAGGCAAACUGCAAAGCCUGGAUCUUGCUGAAGUGUCAGCAAAGACGUGUGGCACCCCCGCAGGAGCCUCUUGUGCUGAGUCCGAGUGCGGCGGCUUGAACUGCCGAACCGAUGAUGGGCAGAAGAAGUGCGGAGGACCUGGCUGCGAGGGGCUGGUAACCGUGGCGCACAACGCCUGGCAGAAAGCCAUGGAUUUCGACCGAGACAUUCUCAGCGCCUUAGCAGAAGUUGAGCAACUCUCCAGAAUGGUUUCUGAAGCAAAACAGAGAGCUGACGAAGCCAAACAAAAUGCACAAGAAGUUUUGCUCAAAACCAAUGCUACAAAAGAGCAAGUGGACAGAAGCAAUGAAGAUCUGAGAAAUCUCAUUAAACAGAUCAGAGACUUCCUAAUGCAAGACAGUGCUGACCUGGACAGCAUCGAGGCAGUGGCUAAUGAAGUACUCAACAUGGAGAUGCCAAGCACUCCCCAGCAGCUACAAGCCCUGACAGAGGAUAUCCGUGAGCGUGUGGAAAGCCUUUCUGAUGUUGAAGUCAUCCUACAGCAGAGCGCUGGAGACAUUGCCAGAGCAGAAAUGCUGCUGGAGGAAGCUAAAAAAGCAAGCAAAGGCGCAACAGAUGUUAAAGUCACUGCAGACAUGGUGAAAGCAGCACUAGAAGAAGCUGAAAAGGCACAAAAUGCAGCUGAAAAAGCCAUAAAACAAGCUGAUGAAGAUAUUAAAGGAACUCAAGACCUGCUGACCUCAAUUGAAUCUGAAAAUGCAGCAUCUGAAGAAACACUGAACAACGCCACUUUACGUCUGUUUGAGCUAGAGAGGAGCGUUGAAGAUCUCAAGCAAAAGGCUGCUACAAAUUCAGAGAAUGUGGACAAGAUAGAAGAAAAAGCUGGCACUGCAAAACAAAAUGCCGAAGAAGUUAAGCAGGUCCUCAACACCGAGCUGAACAGCAAGUACAAAACGGUGGAAGAUCUCAUUGCCAAGAAGACAGAGGAGUCGGCCGACGCUAGGAGGAAAGCUGGCAUGUUGCAAGAUGAAGCUAAAGCCCUGUUGGCUCAAGCAAACAGCAAACUCCAGCUGCUCAAAGACUUGGAAAAUACAUACGAAAACAAUCAAAAAGUUCUCGAAGACAAAGCCAAGCAGCUGGUGGAGCUGGAAGAGACAGUUCGCUCCCUCUUACAGACAAUCAGCCAGAAAGUUGCUGUUUAUAGCACUUGCUUAUAAAAGGGAGCAGAAAAUGCUUAUGUUCAGGAUGGGGCUUUUUUUUUUUUUUUUUUUUUUUUUACAAGUAUUACACUAGAUUUUUUUGACAUUACACUAAGACCUGAUAAAGUGAACAGGUUUUAUAUUGACUUUUAAGUCACAGAACCAAAGACAAGUAACUUUUUGACAUUGAAAAUAAACAGUACUUUUGUAUCAC